CAACAUGGCUUCGCUAACUGUGGGCAAGAGCGCGCUCUGUCGGCCGACGACUUCUUUUCGGAGCACCCACCAAACUCUUUUUGGGCUGGUCCCUUCAUCGAGCUCAAAUGUAUAUGCUCGCUCGCAACAUUUAGCUAGUGAAAUUCGUGAGCCAAUUGGAGCGAGCAGGAGUCGCCGCCCCACGGUCAGCUUGACAGCCACGACUGGGAAGGAGGCCAGCAACGGGGCGGACAUUUCGUCAAAAGACUUUGCUGUCGCUGUGGCCAAGGUGGUCGACGACGUGAAAUGCACGGACGUGGUGGUGCUGGACGUGGCACCUGUUGUGAGCUGGACUAGCUUCCUGGUGGUCGCAACGGUCUUCUCCAAGCCGCAGCUGCUGGCGGCGCUGGCACGAGUGGAGAAGGCGGCGGCGGAGACGUAUGGGCGCACCAAGAUCAACCUUCCAGGCUCCAGCCCCUGGGAGACGCUGGACUUUGGGGAUGUGGUGCUGCACCUGUUCACGGCGGAGCAGCGCGAGUACUACGACAUCGAGUCCUUCUACGCUGCCGCUGAGGAGGUGGAGCUGCCGUUCGGGCCCGACAUGCCGCCCCCGCAGCAGCAGUCGCAGCAGCAGUCGCCCACGUGGAGCACCAAGUCGUGAGGGCCGCGCGGAGGCUUGGGGGCAGGGCGGCGGCGGGAGGGGCGAGCAGGAGCAGGAGCUGUGGUGGCAGCAUGUGGCAUGGCGUUGGGGGGGCAAGAGGCGCGGUGUCGCCUGGGCGGCGUGGACGCCGCCGGGAGCUGCCAACAGCAACAUGGACACACGGGACGUGUGGUGAACGAUGUGCGGGCCUUGCAGGCGCGCCCUCGGAAUGAGGAAGGUGUGCGUCGUGCAGCGGGGACUGUGGCCGGGGUUGCCGCGUGGUGCACUGGGGAGGGAGGUUGGCCGUCGGCUAGCCGCACGGUGGCGUACAGGUGCGGCCUUCAUGUACAGGCGUUCGCUCAAGGCUGCUACGUACGGCAUAGCGACUGGCGUCGUGCGCGCGUGUGAGCUUUCAGGGGCCCCACGAGGCCAUUCGCCCAUGGCGCUGGGCGGUCUGAGUGACCCCGCAGAUGACCACCUUUAAACCCCUCUUAUUUAACCCAAGAUGGUGUCAAUCGACUGCUUUCAUUGAGCUCUAUACACAUGUUUACACGGGAAGUCUUUACUACAUGCGUGUGUGGUGUUACGAGGUUGCGCACGAUUUUUGUGCGCCUCGUAUACGGUAAACCGGACACCCCGGCCGGAGUGACCCUUAAAACGUGCAAUCCGGAGUUUAGUGAUGCGGCUAACCUGACAGGCUCGCACAGAGCGGGAGGCGGAGUGGGCUUGCAGGCGGCACGAGAGUAGGCAGGCAGUAGCGCAAGUUGCGAAUUCACAUGUUACCUCGUAACCGACGAUAAACGCUGUGGACGGUCGCGCCCAUGGCUGGCUGACGGAAGGUAGCUGCUGUAUUGGGAUGGCUGGGCUGGACGGCGGCCAGGCUGGCGUUGGGACUACCAGAAAGGAUGCGCCCGAAACCAACCUGGAGAACACCAGCGCCACCAGUGCCCAGCACGACACGAAGUACGUUCCCGUCAGGCGAGACAUGUACGCACGACAUUGGCGCUGCUUGGUUGUUCGACGCUCGCAAAGUUUGCAAGUGCAUGCACGGCCAGAGGCAUGAGCUGGCAUUGAUUUGGCGGGGUGAAGUGGCGCGGGCGCCUCGCUCUGGCCCCUGGCCCCAGGCACCCUUAAAACCUCGGCGCUUCGCCUCGCGUCAGGGGUGCCUCGCGUAAGUCGCAUGUCGGCCACCCGCACAUCUUUGCCAAAGAAUCCUGUGUGAGGAUUUGUACCCUUCACGCCUGCAACUCCUCACCCGU